AUGCCACAGCCAAAGAAGUCGAUUGAAGACUUGUUGCGGCAUGUUGCCCAACGUCUCUUUCAAGUUAUUCUCCUCCCUUCGAUCUCCGACCUGGAAGAAGAGCCCGUGGCCUCCGCCUUGCAAACCUCCGUUGAUCCCAAGUUCGCUUCAGGCGGCUAUGAGGUCAGGGAGAAGAACAAGGAGAAUUUCCUCGAAGGCGCUGGGGUGGCCACGAAGUACCUGGAAGUCGCCACCAACUUCUUCCAAUCCCGUGGUCUCUACCCAGGAAGGGUGGAUGUCAUCUUCAGGCAAUGGUUCAAGUCUGAUACUGUGCAAGUGAAAAGGAUGGUAGCGGAUCACCUGGGGAAUAUCCUGGAAGUAUUGCAGAACCUGCGGGUGCACGGAGAUCGCAUCGGUGAGUCUAUUGAAUGCAAUGAGAGCUCUGCCGCGUAUGUCGUAAACUACUGUGACGUCAACGUCAGUGCUUUGCCAAGCGUCUCCGAAGAGCCGUGCGGAGAGCAUUUCCCAGAGCCCUUUGUACUCACUGGUCGCUUUGUGCUUCAUGUUUGCCCAUCAACUUGGAAGCAGGACGUCAUCUUUCAUGCGGGCAACUUAGUCCAUGAGUCAUCGCAUCACUUUGGAACCCGGGACUUUGCGUACGGUAUGACAGGCUGCAUGGCUUUGGACCAAAACAAAGCCCUUUCCAACGCAGACACGUACAUCUACUUCCUUCAGCACCUCUACGCCAUGAUCCGGGAUGAGGCAUGGACCAGCUACCGGGGAAGGGACUCGCCCGACCGUGGUGUGCACGAAUCGAAGUAUGCGCUUCCACGGAAGAAGCCGCAACCUACACCGGACUUUAGUUUUCGUUUUUUCAUGGACAUCUUUGCGAGAUAG